AUACAACGAGGAAAGACUUAUCAACUCCCAUGUCCUAUCCACAGCCCAUAUAAAAAUUUAAAACGGCAGCCUAUAAAUUUCGCAAUGCAAAACCCACGACACAAUUCCUCAAUUCAUCAGAGCAUAUAAAUAUAUACUCUUUUUUCUAUUUGUAGGCCUUUCAAUUCCACAAAAAUCCAUGUCCAUUUCCUUAUCCAAGCUGUUGUGGUUCCUUCAUGUGUUGCUGCUGAUCAUAUUACCCCACAGUUUAGCAAAUAGCCAAUCUCCUAAUGACAUCUUCAUUCUAGCCGGCCAAAGCAACAUGGCGGGCAGAGGUGGUGUCGAUAAUGGCAAAUGGAACGGCUACAUCCCACCGCAGUGCAAGUCCAACCCAUCAAUACUCCGGUUGAGCGGUGAACUGAAGUGGGAAGAGGCGAGUGAGCCACUCCAAGCAGACAUUGAUUUGAACAAAACUUGUGGGAUUGGUCCUGGUAUGGCAUUUGCCAAUGGGAUCAAAGCGAAUGAUUCAAGGAUUAGGGUGGUGGGUUUGGUGCCUUAUGCGAUUGGUGGGACCAAAAUCAGCGAGUGGGCUAGAGGGACGAGGUUGUAUCAGGAGUUGGUUCGUCGAGCUGCUGUUUCAGUGAGCUCGUCUGGUGGAACCAUUAGAGCUCUUCUAUGGUACCAAGGAGAGAGCGAUACAGUUUUGGAAGCAGAUGCUGUGGCUUACAAGCAGAAAAUGGAAACGCUUAUUGUCAGUUUGCGUUCUGAUCUUAAUAUCCCUUCUCUUCCUGUAAUCCAGGUAGCGCUUGCUUCAGGAGAAGGCAAAUACGUAGAGAUAGUAAGAAGAGGUCAGCAAGCAAUUACACUACCAAAUGUGAAGUGCAUAGAUGCCAAAGGAUUGCAUCUCAAAACAGAUAACCUGCACCUUACUACCACCUCCGAGGUUGGCCUUGGUCUCAAGUUCGCUAAUGCCUAUAUUUCUUCUUUUGCUCAUUUUCGUUAAUUUUAUUUUUAUUGAUGAUGGACUCAAUCUACCGUGUAAGUCAUUGUCUGAAUAUCUUUAACUGCAACGUAACAGCUUUAUUUAGUUAUGUCCUGAAGAUUAUAUAAAUACACUAGUAAAAAGCUGUCAGGUUACGUU